AUUGAUGGGGCCAAGUCCAUAUAUUUGUUUAUUGAAAAUCUGAAUUGGGCACAAUAUAUUGACCCAAACCCAGUAGCAAACUGAAACAAAAUUAGGGUUUUUGACGGGUUUCAUCAUUUUCCAAUUGCAGCCCUAAAACCCCAAAUCUCGAGCUCGAAUUGAACACAACAAGGGAAAACCCUAGAAUUUCUGUUCAUUUUGGAAAUUGAUGGAGGGUUUGAAAGAAUGCGAGGCAAAUUUGGUCGUGCAUUUGCACCCGUCGAAGGCUAAAUCCGCGAGCGAAGCCAUAUUCAGCGAGCUCAGCUCUCUGCUCUUCACGUACAGUGAAACUUUUGGAGGAGUUGUGUUAGCUUAUGAUCCGAAUAUUCGUAGUAACUUGGGAAAAGUUUUACCUGGAAUUCAUCCUCAUUUUGGCGUUAGUUUGAAAGCUAGAUUGUUGCUCUUCAAUCCCAAGCCUAACAUGCUCCUUGAGGGAGAGGUGGUUAAAAUUACUCCACAGUCAAUUCAUGCUGUGGUUCUUGGGUUUUCUUCUGUUUUUAUCGGAGACGAAGACAUUCGUGACGAAUUCAAGCAUAAAAUUAAAAGUGGGAAGGAAGAAUACGUCAGUAAAUCUGAUAAGAAACAUAAGAUCAAAGUCGGGACUAUUCUACGCUUCGUCGUGAAGAGCUUCGACGAAGAUAUACUUCACAUAGUGGGAUCAAUUGCCGAUGACCGUACUGGAUGCGCUCGAUGGAUGAAUAAAAAUUUGGACAAAUGGACUCAAUCCGAUAGUACCACUAGAAAAACGAAAAAUGUAGAUGGAGAAGGUCUGCAAACUUAGUUGAGCGUAAACUACACAGGUUCGAUCAUUGCAUUAGUUUCGGGUGGUGAGUAUCAAAUUGGAUCGGGACACAACAAAAGGUGGAGGUAGUAGAUUGAUUACCAUUAUGCAACUAACCAUUGUUGUGCAAAAGAAUGCUCUGCAAUUAACAAUCCCUUUUUUUUUAAUAUAUAAUUUAUAUAUUGUAAUAACUCACAACUCAACGAGUAAAUUUUUGUUAUAAUUAUCGCUUUGUCAAAUCAUAGUUUCUUUCGUACAUUGUAUCGUAAAAUUAGAUUUCCAUUUGUCUGAAACAUCGAACAUGGAAAAUUUAGAUACUUAAGAGCAGAUCUUUUUUGCUUUUGCUUUUGCUGAA